AAUCCCAUAUACAACCACAACCCUUUCUUCACCAUCUUUCACUUCCAAAAAAAACAAAGCAUCCCUCCCUACAACUCUCGUCAAAUAACUAUCUUCUUCUCUCAAUGACAAUUCCACACCUCAAAACAGCCCUUUGGGGCUUCUUCUUCAUCUCCAUCUCUUUCCUCUCCUUCUCCAAAUCCUCUUUCCAAGAUUCCCCUCCUGAUCUCUUCAACCCCAAACUUCAACAAGCUUACAUUGCUCUCCAAGCAUGGAAACACACCUUCACCUCAGACCCCAAAAACCUCACUUACAACUGGUGCGGCCCUGACGUUUGCAACUACACAGGAAUCUACUGCGCUCCAUCACUCAACGAUCAUAAUCUAACCGUCGUCGCAGGCAUCGAUCUCAACCACGGUAACAUCACCGGCACUUUACCUGAAGAUCUCGGUCUACUCGUAGACCUCGCACUCUUCCACAUUAACUCCAAUCGUUUCUGUGGGACCCUCCCAAAAAGCUUCAGAGACCUCCGCCUCUUAUUCGAAAUCGACGUCAGCAACAACCAGUUAUCAGGUUCUUUCCCGACGGUUCUCCUCCGUCUCCCUUCACUCAAAUUUCUCGAUAUCCGUUAUAAUCAAUUCAAAGGAGAUGUACCAGACAAGCUCUUCGAUCUCAAUCUCGACGCUAUCUUCAUCAACAACAACAAGUUCCGGUCUUCGGUUCCGACCAACAUCGGAAAUUCAACUGUUUCAGUCCUUGUUCUUGCUAACAACAAUCUCAAUGGCUGCUUGCCUCGCAGUCUCGGACAGAUGGCCGGAACGCUACAUGAGAUUAUUUUCAUGAAUGCCGGCCUCACAUCUUGCUUGCCACCGGAGCUCGGGUUGCUGAAAAACGUGACGGUCUUUGACGUCAGCUUCAACAAGCUGGUGGGGCCGUUGCCGGAGGAGAUUGGAGAAAUGACUAGCUUGGAACAGUUGAAUGUAGCUCAUAACCGGCUCUCCGGUGAGAUUCCAGAGAGCAUAUGUUCGUUGCCGAAAUUAGAGAACUUCACGUAUUCAUACAACUAUUUCUGCGGAGCGCCGCCGAUCUGUCUCAAGCUUCAGGACAAAGACGAUCGGAAGAACUGUAUUCCAGACCGGCCUUUUCAGAGAUCGGAAGAGGAGUGUUCUUCGUUCCUUUCACACCCUAUUCACUGUGAUGGAUUUGGCUGUUCGGCACCAUCACCACCACCGCCACCUCCACCGCCUCCGCCGCCACCAUCACCACCACCCCCAGUUGAUAACUACCCGUGAUUGCUGCCAUGGCGCCACCCCUACCUAUGUAUUCACUGCAAUUUAUAGUCUUGAUAUUCUUUGUUUUGGGUGACAUAAGGUUUCUUCUUGGCUAGUGGUGGAAGAAACAUGUGUUAGUGGAAUGUGAAGUGUUUUCGUUUUAGGUUGCGUUUGGAUGCACAAGUGAAUUGAAUUGCAUAUAUAAUGGUGGGCCCUACAAAUAUUUACAAAUAUAUGGUGUUUGCCUUUAUUGAUUUUAGCGUCAGAAUCUUCCAAAGAAGCUUAACUGUCAAUGCAGGCGCGUGCCAUGAAUGACCUAAGUAAAUAAUAAUGGCUUAUUUAUCAGUAUUUACCGUUUGGUAUUAUAAUCCAAACAGCUAUU